GCAUCUCUUUUUCCUUACCAUUCUUAGUACCAAUUUUCACACUUUUGGCUGCAGUUCACCAUGCGGUCAUCUUCACAGGCUCUCCUUCUCGGAGCUAUGCUCCAGGCCGUGAAUGCAAUGGACAUUGCUCGCGCCGCCCAAAGGAAUCACGCUCGCGACAUACCAGCACCGACCAUAACAGCAUCCCCAAUCGGUAUCCUCGAUGAACUCAAGCUGCUCGUCGGCAAUGAUGGACUCCGAAUUCGACAAGCAGAUUCAUCGAGUGAGCCUUUGAAAGUUACUAUCGCGCCCGAUAAGACAUGCGGAUACUUGUCUGGCCAACCAGGCGCUGCAGUCACCUGUGAGAAUGAUCGCUUGUGUUCAUGGGCUGCUUCGAGUGGUGUUGGUCUAGUCGCUUGCGCAUCCGAGAUUUACGUCGCUUGCGUUGAGUCUAGUAAAGCUGUUGACCCAAGUCAAUGCAAUGACGUUUGUCAGAGCAACACCUUCAAUCUCUUAUGUACCAACUCCGACACGCCUUUCUGUCGCACGUAUGCCUAUCCAAGUGGUAUUUUCGACUAUCGAUGCGCUUCCACAUCUGUCGAGGAUGUUCAAUCCGUCAAGUUCACAUACCAAGGCCAGAAGAAUGCCAACUUCGUCACUACAACUCUCAGCGAUGGUAUCGAAUCACAGUCAACAACAGUCAGCAACACUGAUAGUGGCUCUGCUGGCCAGGCAAGCGAGACGGAGACACAAACAGAAACAACGACUACUUCUGAUGUUCCUGAGCCUACAAAGAAGUCCAAGUCAACACCUGUCGGUGCUAUUGUCGGCGGUGUAGUCGGUGGUGUCGCUCUCAUUGGCCUCAUCGGUCUUGGUGCCGUCUGCCUGCUGCGCAGACGUAAAUCCAAGCCUGAACCCGCCCCGGCACCGGUUCAACCUGUCAUGGCUCAACAGCAACCUCCUCCUCCUCCCGCCCCUAUGAACCAGAACCCAUACCCUCAGCAACAGCAUUACCAACCAGCUGUACAGCCUUAUCCUGAUCAUAGCAUGGCGGCAUCUCCUGCACCAUCAGAUGCUCGUAUAUCGAUGAUGAGUGGACCUAUGUCAAGUGUCGGGCCAGUUUCACCCGGGGGAUGGAAUCAACAGCCAUCGCCCCCGCCGUUUCACACACCUGCGCCGGCGUAUGAGAUGGCUGGUCCUGAGGCCCGUGAGCAGGAGCCGGUCUAUGAGAUGGGUUCUGACUCUGUGAAGAAGUAAGAUGAUGAACAUUUGUUCAACUAUUAUAUGCAUCGCUUGAUAGUUCAUUUAGAGUAAUCAUGAU